CCCCGUGCAGCACUGUUUGCACAGAGCUCGUAUUAAAGCGCUGCCCUGCACACUGAGGCUGGAAAGUUUGGAGACUUCUGGAUACCUAACCUGCCCAGCGAAGUUCUGCACGUCCCAAGACAGUUUUACCAGUACUGAACCCACGCCUGAUCCAAGUGUGCAUCAGUGUUCGUCCGAGGAGUUCUCUCUACAUUAAAAAUCAAGGAACUGAAGCAGGAGUACAGCAUCCCAUCGGAGGAUCCUCGGAGCAGCCUUCUCAAUCUAUCUGCAGGACGAGUGGGGAUUGGGCAGGGAAGCAAGCCUGACCGCUACAGGAGAUGACCGGACCUGGGGUCAGCUUCUAAACGGACUGCAAAAUAUACCUUCACAGUCAGGAAGUUAAAAGCACAGACCUUGAACAAUCAGAACGGUCCUUACAUAUAUGAAGUGUAAAUAUAUGUAGUAAAUGGAAUAAGAAAUUUCACACAUGCAUAGUCAAUCGAUACAUGAAUACCAAACAAACAGUCCAUACAGUCUCUACACACCCAGCCAAGGAGGAGCUUGCAGCUGUAAGGCCGCUCCCUACACAGAGGCAAGCUGUAUACACACAGCAGAGCGCGAGACUUCUGUAAGUUCUGCCGCCUGGCCCCCUGGACGAUGAGCGAUGCCCCCACCCUGGACUACGACCUCCUGUCCCCAGGGCCCUCGGACGGGGCCCCCACGGCCGGGCCCAGCCUCCCGGGGGACGCCGAGCAGAGGACCGCCUUCGCUUUCGUAGGCCUCCUGCUGGUUUUCCUGGUGGUUCUAGUGGUGCGCUGCUUUCGUGUGCUUCUGGACCCCUACAGCCGCAUGCCCUCAUCCUCUUGGGGCGAACGCAAGGAUGGGCUGGAGAGGGGUCAGUUUGACUACGCGCUCGUGUAGCCCUUCCCCCCCCUCCCCCCUACAUCCGCUCUGAAACCAUAUCUGCAAUGCCUUGUUCUAAUGCUGCGUAGCCUUCAGUUUCCUAGGUUGGCACAAGGGGGAGAAGGUGGGGUCUGUUGUACCUGCAUUUCCAGGACUGGCCACCCUGCUAAAUGCUUCUGAAAUUUAGUCGAGUCUCCUUUUCUGUCUUGUUUUCGCACUGUCCAGUUUGAGACGCACCAUAUUACUAAUAUGCCACGUUUCCAUCUAAUCUGCAACCGACGUUAACAUGAAGGUAAAGGGACGCCAAUAAGUACCUGUUCGCAAGUUCUUUCACCUGCAUUAAGUAAUUCCUUGAAUCAGCAUUCUGCAUUCUGCACUUUGUCGUUGAAUACCUGCCUCUAGUGUCCAUUGCACUGAAUACUUAUUGGAUAAUUUAUUCAUCAGAGCGAGCUGGGGAGAUGUUUUAGUUGCUGGCUGUUUCCACCAAAGCAGUUAGAAUUGGGACUUGAGUGGCAUGGAUCUCUGAUCUCUCCUUUCUAAUGGAAACGUGGCAUUGGAGUCCCAUUUCACCAGUUUAUAACUAGGGCUCUUUGUUUUUGGUUUUUAUUUUUAGUCCCUUUUUAAGUUAAAUUGAGCCGACUCGGUUUCUUAAUUCAACUCUUGGAAAAGCGCUGAUUGUGAAUCAAGGUCUCACUUGUUUUUUCUCCCAUAACUUGAACGAGACUCAUAAUUACGAUUAAAUUCAAUCUUUUUUUUUUUU